AUGCAUAGCAGGUGACAGGCGUGAGCCACGCGCUCGGCUGAAUGUUGAAGAGGUUACAGGGAGCGCGGCGUCACUGUGGGAACCAAGAGGCUGAUCUACAGUCAGAGGAGGUUUAAGUGAGUCGUAGUGCUGUUUCUCUCAGUCGCUCAGAAGGCACCACUCUGUUUUGAGCUCCACAAACGGACUCUGUACGUUUUUACCCCGGUUUCUCGCUCACCGCCGCGCAUUCUGGCCGUCAGCAGCGCAUGGUGCUCGGCACUGCGGCUGUGCGCGCGCGGCUCCGACGGGGACGCAAUCACCGGUGCGCUCAUGGAGGGACAGGGACAGGGACAGAUCAGUCGCUGUAAGAUCGUGGUGGUCGGGGACACUCAGUGCGGCAAAACGGCACUGCUGCACGUGUUUGCCAAAGACAGCUAUCCUGAGAGCUAUGUGCCCACAGUGUUUGAAAACUACACUGCAAGCUUUGAGAUUGACAAACACCGGAUUGAGCUGAACAUGUGGGACACGUCAGGCUCUUCAUAUUACGAUAAUGUGCGGCCGCUGGCGUACCCGGACUCCGAUGCGGUGCUUAUUUGUUUCGACAUCAGCAGGCCUGAGACUCUGGACAGUGUUACAAAGAAGUGGCAGACUGAGGCUCAGGAGUACUGUCCCAAUGCUAAGCUAGUGCUGGUAGGCUGUAAGCUCGACAUGAGGACGGACGUCAGCACCUUGCGAGAACUGUCCAAACAGCGCCUGAUACCUAUCACACACGAACAGGGCAGUCUGAGGGCACGAGACCUUGGUGCUGUGGCGUACGCCGAGUGUUCGUCUCGCACGUGCGUAAACAGCGUGCGAGACGUCUUUCACAUCACCACUCUCGCCUCCGUCAGGCGUCCCGGCCUCAAACGCAGCUCCUCUCGCCGCACCCUCAAGCGCAUAUCCCAUCAGCCCUUGCUGCCAAUUAACUCCCGCACCACACCCCUCGAACCCUCCCCUACACUCAGGAAGGACAGAGCCAAGAGCUGCAACGUCAUGUAGAAAUAAAUGCAGCAAACCCAAAAACAAAUAAACACAGCUGUGUCCUGUCCUUCUAAUCUGGAUUUCUCACAGCUGUGGUCUGUUGUGAAAUUACAAUUCUAUGCUUUUAUGCUGUACAAAUGUGCUAAAGAAUGCAAGACAGGACUACUUACUAACCAGUUGUUGUUAAUUAUUUUGUCACUAAAAGGAAAAAGAAUAGAGAAUUUAUUGGAUUA